AUGGCCGACGGGCUUGUCUUCACUCUUCACAACUACUCCCACGAGCACGAGCUCCAAAGAUUGGCAACUUGGGAGUUUCCGAGCUCGGUGGUGCUAGGCCCUGCAGCUCGCUGGAUCGUCUUCAUCCAUGGUGGUGCAUGGAGGGACCCCUCCAACACGUACCAAGAUUUCCUCCCGACGAUUGAGGCCUUGCUUUCGUCCCACCCCAUGCUGCGGCCAGCCAUUCGAGGGUUUGCCAGCCUCGACUACCGCCUCUCCAGCCAUCCUAACCAUGCUCAGGACCCCUCCUCUACCCCCGCGGACAGGCUCCGGUGCGCGAAGCAUCCGGAUCACAUCCGAGACAUCUGCCUCGCUCUCCGCUACCUUGAUGCCAAGUUCAACAUGCGAGAUAGGUAUAUCCUUGUGGGCCAUUCAGUCGGUGCCACCUUGGCUUUCCAGCUCCUAAUGGGAGACCAAGCGACGAAGGGAUUUACCUCCCCAGCAGCCCAGCCUACCGAAGCCGGCGCACUCCCGCUCCCUGCUUCCAUCUUAGGUAUCGCAGGUAUCUACGAGUUUUAUGAUUUUGCCUAUCGCCAUGGUGGCCCAUACAUCCCCAUGGUGGAGGGCGCUCUUGGCCCCGAUCACUCCAAGUGGAAUGAUGCCGCGCCCCUCAAAGCGAGCCUUGCCGGUCGAUGGACGGGGAACGACUGGCACUUCUAUCAUACUCGACCGAUGAUACCUUGGUUGAUGGCGACCGCGAAACCACCGCCAUGGUAG